AUGAAGUUCAGUCCGCUGACGCUGCUCGCUGCGGCCACUCUCGCGUCUUCGGUCGCGGUCGGCGUCACGUCAGCCGCCGACUCGCCGUCGGUCUCGAACAGCAACGAGGAACUCGCAACGACUCCGUCCACAACGACCCCAACGACCUCAACGUCUCCGUCAACGUCUUCGUCUUCGUUAACGUCUUCGUCUCCGUCAACGCCUUCGUCUCCGUCCACCCGACCCACUACGUCCACAUUGCCCGUCACCUCGUCAGGAUCGCUGCAAGAGGCCAACAACAACAACAACAACAACAACAACGAGAACGGCAACAACAACGAGAACGACAAUGGCAACAACGACACCGACAACGACAAUGACAGUCGCGUGCCUACUCCGUCCCCUGCGGGCGGCUUAGGCAACAGCACCCGCACGGCCCCUGCCGGCGGCGACGUGUUUGCCAACCUCAAGACGAACACGUACCCGUCCGACACGUACCACAUGCCGCCGGUCCGCGCCAUCCACGCGCGUGUCCAGAGCGACGCGCCGCAGCUCGUGGACGGCGUCUUCGUCUCGAGCUUUGGCAACGGCGACCUCGAGGCCGGCUACCUGAGCGCCAUGGACACGGUCAACACGGCGUCGGUCGAGGGCGCGCUCAUGUACGUGCAGGCCGAGGGCAUCAACGUGAACGUCCGGGCCAAAGAAGAGCGCUGCGAGCGCAAGUCGGGCAUGGCGCACAUUGUGUUUUACGAGAUUCUGCUCGUGCAGACGAACGAGACGCUCGCGCAGUUUCAAAAGUCGUGGGGCGAGACGCCCGAGUACGGCCCCAUGCUGCCCAUGGACAGCGGCCGCUGCACGCCGCUCUCGGGCGACGACGACUUCCCGGCCGGCUGCCUCCAGUUCAACGGCGACGACGGCCAGCCGAACGUCGGGCCGUUCAUUGGCGGCGGCAUCAAAGACGACGACGUGCGGGCGCCGUACCCGGACAACUACUGGUUUUCGUUCCCCGGCACGUGUCCUCUGAAAGGAUGGGCCGACAAGACGGACGAGUGCCGCGAGUCGACGCGCAAGGGCCUGUGUGACAUGGGCGAAGGGCCGGACGGCGUCGAGUGCACGUUCACCUACAGCGUGCUGGGCUGGGUCACGAUCGACGACGUUGUGGGCAUCACGGCCAUUGAGAACCCCGACACGGGCUCGACGUACGCCAACUUUACCGAGUGGUGCCUCGCCGACACGAACAACACCGAGUUCUCGGCGAACGCAGAGAGUGGCGAGUUCGAGACGGGACUGCCGUUCUGGGAAGACCCGCUCAACACGACGGCCAACUCGGCGCGUGCCGAAGCGGUUGUGGCCAAGUACGAGGAGACGCUCGCGUCCGGCUCGACGCAGAUUGACAGCACCUUACUGGCUGCUUUCCGUGCCUUGCCGACGCCAGAGGAGCUCGCUGCGUUGAACCCGCCGUGUUACAUGACCGUGGAAGCGUGCGGGUCGGGCAAUGGGUGCAAGCGCGUUGGCUACUCGCAGAUCUGCACUGCGUGCGAAGCGGACGAGGGCUGCGAGACUGGCGGCAACGAUUUCGUGUACCCGAAGCUCGCAAAGGCCAAGACUGAGCUGUCCGAGGAGGAGACGACGACCAAGGUAGCGGACGGCAACAGCACUAGUGGCGGCGUGUCGGACUCGAACACGGACUCGACUGGAGCUAACGCUGCGGCACCGAUGGCGUUCACGGCUGCGUCCGUCGUCCUCGGGCUCGUGGCUGUUGUGCUCGCUCUGUAG